AUGAGUGACCAACAAGAUGCUAGUGCCGAUAAUGGUGAUGAUGUUAUUGAUGACAAAUAUUUCCCUACAUCAUAUUACUUUCCUGAUACCAGGAUCAGAACGGGAACUGCCAAUCCAAAAGGAAGCACAAGUAGCAGGUUCUAUUCUCAUGUUGGGAAAGAGAUCAAUAUUCUUGAAGCUACGGCAAUGGAUGAGGAAGAUAUUAAAUCGAAUUUCAAUGAGGCGAUAAAUUCCAUCAAUGAUGAUCCAGCAAGCGAAACUAACUCACAAUUAUCCACUUGCUUGUUUGCUUCUUUUGGCAAGAAAACAAGAGGGUACCCAUCAAGGAAUGAGAAGGAAACUACAUUUCUAUCAAGUGUUUAUGACUUUUUCAUUAAACCCUGUGAAGAUAUCUUGACGUUUAUUUUGGCAGAAGAUUUCCAAAAGAAAUUGAGAAGUUUAGGAAGUUCUGUGUCACGAAAACUGGCAAGCUUGCCAAAAAAAGCAUUACUAAAAUGUCGCUUAAAAAAUCUAUUGAAAGUGAAACUCUUCAAUUGUUUUCCAUCAAAAAUCAAUUCUAAUGAAAAUGAUGCUGCGAGAAAAAUCCAGACAGGGUUUGCUAAGAAUUCUCAAGUAUUGAAACUAAGUGCUCAAGAAAUACGAGAAGCAGGUAUCCAAGUUCCAAAUGAUCCCGAAAAAGUCUAUGUUAUCAAGGUUUUUGAUCCUAAUAUGGUCAGCAUAAAUCUCAAUAUGUACAUGCCCUAUAAAGAAGUUAAGAAAAAGAUGACAACUCAUUUCAAUAAUGAGCUACUUUCGUAUUCUGCUAUCCAAAUCCAAAAUAAACAUCACAAACCUGAUGAGCAGAUCAAUAAACCUGAUAUUUAUCAAUUUGGAUUUUUUAAAAUUUGCCUAAAAGGAAAUGAUCUUUUAAAGGAUGCAGAAAGUGAAGACUUAUAUGUGGCAAGUGGGCCUGGGUUUAUUAUGGAAGAGUUGUCCCUAAAACCUGACAUGGAGGAUGACUUCAUAGAUGAGAGCGACCGUGCAUCAGAAUAA